AUGGCGACAGAAGAAGAAAAAUUCAAACUUGAGAAGUUUGAUGGUGCUGACUUUGGUUUCUGGAAGAUGCAAAUCGAGGAUUAUUUGUAUCAAAAGAAUUUGUAUCUAUCUCUUGAAGAAGAAAAGCCUGAAGCCAUGAAGGAUUGAUGGCAACUUCUCGACCGACAAGCUCUUGGAGUUAUUAGAUUGUCAUUAUCUCGUAAUGUUGCUUUCAACAUAGCGAAAGAGAAGACCACAGCCGGUCUUAUGAAGGCUCUUUCAAAUAUGUACGAGAAGCCGUCGACAGCAAAUAAAGUACAUUUAAUGCGAUGGUUGUUCAAUUUAAGAAUGACUGAAGGAUCGUCAGUGGCCCAUAACCUCAACGAGCUCAGUACAAUCACGUCACAAUUAUACUCUAUUGAAAUAGAGUUUGAUCACGAGAUACAUGCGUUUUUACUUUUAUCCCUACCAGAUGGUUGGAAUGCUACUGUCACUGCUGUGAGUAGUUCAUCGGGAAAUAAUAAGUUGAAUUUCAACGAUGUUCGUGACCUCGUUCUGAGUGAAGAAAUUCGACGUAAAGAAUUGGGAGAUGUUUCGAAUCCUUCUGCCUUAUCAACCGAGUCAAGAGGAUGUUCAGUGAAGAACGAUCACAGAAGAUGUGUUCAACGAGGAAAAUCGAGAAAUGGAAGAUCGAAACCAAGAAAUUCCAGAAACACUAAAACCGUUGAGUGUUGGAAUUGUUGCAAGACAGUCCACUUCAAGAAUCAGUGCAAUAAUGCUUCAAAGAAUCAUGAUACGAAUACUGAAGCUAAUGUUGCAUCGACAUCAGUACCUGAUGAUGCUUUAAUUUGCACCUUGGAGAAAAAUGAAGAGUCUUGGAUUUCUAAAGGCGCCAUGACAAUUGCACGAGGAAAGAAGAGUGGUACUCUUUACUUAACCGCGACAAGUCGUUGUUCAAUUGCCGUUGCCGAUAGCUACUCGAAAGCAAAUAUAUGGCACCAGAGACUUGGCCAUAUGAGUGAAAAGGGAAUGAAGAUCAUUCACUCAAAGGGAAAGCUACCAGAUUUACAGUCCAUAACCAUCGAUAUGUGUGAGGAUUGUAUUCUUGGAAAACAGAAGAAAGUUAGUUUCGAGAAAGGUGGCAGAAUCCCGAAGAAGGAGAAGCUAGAGCUCGUCCAUUCUGAUGUUUGGGGACCAACAACUAUUUCAUCCAACGGUGGAAAAUACUAUUUCGUGACGUUCAUUGAUGACCAUUCUCGAAAGGCUAGAACCCAUAAUGGUGGUGAAUACGAAGACAACUCUUUCAAGAGAUUUUGUCAUGAGCAUGGGAUUCGAAUGGAGAGAUCUGUUCCAGGCACAAGUCAACAAAACGCCGUGGCUGAACGUAUGAACCGAACGUUGACAGAAAGAGCCAGAAGUAUGAGAAUGCAGUCAGGCCUACCGAAGAGCUUUUGGGGUGAAGCGGUCAAUACAGCAGCUUACUUGAUCAACCGGGGUCCCUCAGUUCCUUUGGAGUAUCAAAUUCCAGAAGAAGUAUGGAGCGGCAAAGAUGUUAAAUUAUCACAUUUUAAAGUUUUUGGUUGCACAGCAUAUGUACAUAUUAGUGAUCAAGGCAGAAAUAAGCUUGAUCCUAAAUCCAAGAAAUGUACCUUUGUUGGCUAUGGCGAGGAUCAGUUUGGAUAUCGCAUUUGGGACGACGAAAGCAAGAAGAUUAUCCGGAGUAGGGAUGUUAUCUUCAACGAAGCUAUUAUGUACAAAGAUCGACACUUAACCAUCACCAGCGAGUCCGAGCCAGUGUUUGCAGAAAUCGACGACACCCAAGUCACCAAUCAGAUUGUUGCAAAUCCAGAGUCGAUGGACCACUCUAACCAAGAGGCUUACGCUCCAACUCCAGCAUUACGAAGGUCUUUUCGACCUCCUGUCCCUAAUCAGAGGUAUUUGGACUACCUUUUAUUGACCAAUGGAGGAGAACCAGAGUGCUAUGAGGAAGCAUGUCAAACCGAAGACGCCGUUAAGUGGGAGCUAGCCAUGAAAGAAGAAAUGAAAUCUUUAAUUUCAAAUCAGACAUGGGAACUCGUCGAGUUACUGAUUAGAAAGAGGGCUCUUCACAACAAAUGGGUCUAUCGAGUUAAAGAAGAGCAAAAUGGCUCGAAGAGGACAAUAUUAAGCAUUGUUGCUAUUGAAAAUCUCUAUCUCGAACAAUUGGACGUGAAGACUGCCUUUCUUCAGGGAGAAUUAGAUGAAGAGAUUUACAUGCACCAGCCAGAGGGUUUCGGAGAAAAAUAA